CUAAACUCUCAAGGUUGUGACCUUUGGGCUUGUCGCUGUGAGAUAAAAUUAUUUUUUAUCAUAUAACAUGGAUCGAAAUAUGGUUGUUGGAUUUCCAAUUUCUUUAUGCACAGUUCAAGGAAACAUAUUACAAUCAUUUUUCGAAUGUCAAAUUCGAGGACUUCGUCACAGCUGUAAAUGGCUUACAGAUUUACUAUGGUCUCUAAAUCUUCCCAUCAUAUCUAAUCCUGAUAGCGUUUUUUCAUCAAGCAAUAUCUACCAAAGUAUUCCACCAGAUAAAUUAACCACAUUUCUACUUGCUCGUAGUUGUUUUGAUACUCAAGAGUAUGAUCAUUGUGCUGAAAUAUUAUCACAUAAUUUUGAAAAACCAAUUCAUGAUAAUCCGAAAAUUUUCAUUAAUAAGUAUGGUCAUGUAUAUUAUUUCCUGUAUAUAUACUCACGUUAUAUGGCAUGUGAAAAACGUCGAGCUAAUGACUCAGUGGAAUCACGACUUGUUUUAAAACAAGAUGAAGAAACUAAAUCAUCAUGCAUAUCUAAUGCUAAAUGUAAUAAAGAGCUUUUAUCGAUAAAAUGUGAAAUAGAACCAUAUACAAAUAAAAUUAACUUAUCGAAUGAACUGAGAACAGCUAAUAAAAUUGGUGAUUCGUUUCUACUUUAUGUUCAUUCUCUAAUUUGUCUUCGAUUGGGAAUAAAAGAAACCGCUGCAUCAUUGUUAGUUCAAGCGAUUAAUUUAAAUUUUUAUCUUUGGCCUGCAUGGUAUGAAUUGGUUGAUCUUAUAGAGAAUAAAGAGAAAAUGAAUUGUUUAAAUCUUCCCACAGAUGAUGAAUGUUGGAUGAGAUAUUUUUUUGAGGCUAAGGUGUUUCUGAAAUUACAUGAAGGUGAAAGAGCUUUAGAAAUUCUGUUGAAACUUUCCGAAAGUGGAUUCAGUAGAAGUCACAACUUGCAAGCAGAAAUUGGUUUAGCAUACAAUGAGUUACGUGCUAUGGAAUUGGCUAAGAAACAAUUCAAACAGUUAUUCGAUGCUUGUCCUUGUCGAUUAGACAACGUUGAUACUUACUCAAAUGUUUUAUUUGUAUGUGAAGAUUCAACUGAAUUGGCUUAUUUAGCACAUCAUUGUGUCAAUUUAGAUCGAUAUCGUGCAGAGACUUGUUGUGUUGUCGGAAAUUUUUUUGGAUUACGCGGACAACAUGAAAAAGCGGUUAUUUAUUUUCGGCGUGCUCUUAGAUUGAAAACGGCUUAUUCAUUAGUAUGGACAUUAAUUGGUCAUGAAUUUAUGGAACUUCGGAAUACAAAUGCUGCAAUACAUGCUUAUAGACAAGCACUUGUAUAUAAUCGACACGAUUAUCGUGCAUGGUAUGGUCUAGGGCAAAUGUAUGAAGUAUUAAAUUUACCAUCGUUUUCACUUUAUUAUUAUAGAGAGGCACAGUAUCUUAUGCCGACAGAUUCACGUUUAAUUGUAGCAUUAGGAGAAAUUUAUGCCAGACUUAAACGAUAUGAUGAAGCUAAAAAGUGUUACUGGCGUGCAUAUUGUGUUGGUGAUAUAGAAGGUGAAGCAUUAAUGCGAUUAGCUCUCUGUUUUGAAAAAUGUGGUGAAGUUGCAGAAGCUGCUGCAGCAUAUACAGAAUUUAUAAAAUUGUGUCAACGUAGCGGUGUAAAUGAUCAAAUGGAAUUAGCUAUUGCUUAUAAAUAUUUAGCUAAUUAUCAUUUACGUAAAGGACAUUAUGAAGAUGCAGCUUUAGCAGCGAAUAAGUGUCUUGAAUAUCCGGAAACACGUGAAGAAGCAAAAGCUAUGCUGCGUCAAAUUACAAUGUUAGCUGGAGAUAUUGAACAGUUAACUACAUUAGAUCCGGUUAAUAAUAUCGAUUUACAAACUGAAGACAGUAAAACUGAUCAUUGUGAAUAUUUAGAUCAAACAAACAUCUCACGGAAACUAUGUAAGAACAGUGCUGAACGAUUGUUAUUCUUCAACAGGCAGCUUCAUUUUGAUUGCUAUUUCUUUCCGAGAAAAAUUUUUCUUCAUAGUCGAACUAAAACGCCUAUGAUCAUGCCAACCUAAAACCAUUAAUUUUCUGGGUUUUUCUAGAUCUACAAACGUCAAAAGAAGUUCAACAAUUGGCGUUUUCCAUAGCAGAACUGACGAAAUCUCCCGUGAAAGAAAUACAGCCCUUGAGUAUUUCAUUGAAAGAUGCUCUGACUUCGUUUAAUGAAUCGACCGUAUCAAAGAAACGAUUUCAUCUGUCCAAACACACUCCGUCAUCAUCGUCAGCACUUAGAAUCGACUCAGACCAUUUAACUACAAGCGUUCGUUGUGACAAAAAUGAUAAUGGUGAUAGAAAUCAUGAAAGAAAUAUCACAUCUACUACUGCUACUUCAUCGAUGGGAUUAAUGACUGCUGUUACAACACCAAUUCAUUAUUUGCAUCCAUUAACCUCAUUUGCUUGUGACAAUGAAUCUUUUAAUCGUACUAUUUGUGAAACACCAAUCAAUAAUGCCACUGCAGCAGUAAAUUCAGAAUUUCAGAAUUCUCCCUCUUCUUCUGUUAAUGAUAUUAAUAAUAAUAAUAAUAAUAAUAAUAAUAAUAAUAAUCAUGUACAACUUGAUACAUCAUCAUCAUCAGACCAAGAUGAUAAAUCAAUGGAACAUAGUGAUAAUGAGGCAUAAACUGAACAAAUUAUUAUUAUUUUUGUAGAUUUUUUAUGUUCAACAUCUGUACAUUGAUGAAUUCGUGUUAUUAUUUUCAUGUGAAAAUAUUGUUAAAAAAGUUUUUAGAUAUCUUUCCAUAUAAAUUCAUUUAUUGAAUAAAUUUAUUGUUUUUUCGUUUAA